AUGCGGGGGGCUCUGACGUCCCUGUCUUCGCUGCCGCCACCUCUGCAGCUGCUGUUGCUGGUGCUGGGGUGCGGGCUGAGGGCGGCCGCCAGCGGUGGAGCCGCCGGGGCAGCGGGCUACCCACCGGUGCAGUACGUGCAGCCCAUGCACAAAGGACCCGUGGGGCCGCCCUUCCGCGAGGGCAAGGGCCAAUACAUGGAAAUGCCUCUACCGCUGUUGCCAAUGGACCUGAAAGGAGAGCCUGGUCCCCCUGGAAAACCCGGGCCGCGGGGUCCCCCUGGCCCUCCUGGCUUCCCAGGAAAACCAGGCACUGGAAAACCAGGGCUACAUGGGCAGCCUGGACCCGCUGGCCCCCCUGGCUUCUCCCGGAUGGGCAAGGCUGGUCCCCCAGGGCUUCCAGGCAAGGUUGGCCCACCAGGGCAGCCAGGGCUUCGGGGGGAGCCAGGGAUACGAGGGGACCAGGGCCUCCGGGGGCCCCCAGGGCCCCCUGGCCUACCUGGGCCCUCAGGCAUUGCUGUCCCUGGAAAACCAGGCCCCCAGGGGGUGCCAGGGCCCCCAGGAUUUGGGGGGGAGCCAGGGCCCCAGGGAGAGCCUGGGCCCCCGGGUGAUCGAGGCCUCAAGGGCGAAAAUGGAGUGGGCCAACCAGGGCUUCCUGGAGCCCCAGGCCAGGGGGGUGCCCCUGGACCCCCUGGUCUCCCUGGUCCAGCUGGCUUGGGCAAACCAGGCUUGGAUGGGUUUCCUGGGGCCCCUGGAGAUAAGGGUGAGUCUGGGCCUCCUGGACUGCCAGGACCCAGGGGGGAGCCAGGAGCUUUGGGCCCAAAAGGGCCCCCUGGGCUGGAUGGUAUGGGGGUACCAGGGCUAGCAGGGGUGCCAGGGCCACAGGGCCCACCAGGGGCCAAAGGGGAGCCAGGCACCCGGGGCCCUCCUGGCCUUAUAGGCCCCACUGGCUAUGGGAUGCCAGGGAUGCCAGGUCCCAAGGGGGACAGGGGCCCAGCUGGGGUCCCGGGGCUCUUAGGGGACAGGGGCGAGCCAGGUGAGGAUGGGGAGCCGGGGGAACAGGGACCACAGGGCCUUAGGGGCCCCCCUGGACUUCCGGGGUCUGCAGGGCUACCUGGCCGACGUGGGCCCCCGGGGCCUAAGGGGGAGACGGGGCCUGGAGGACUCCCAGGAGUACCUGGCAUUCGGGGUGACCAGGGGCCUAGUGGCCUGGCUGGGAAGCCUGGGCUCCCAGGAGAGAGGGGGCUUCCAGGGGUUCAUGGACCUCCUGGACCGACUGGGCCCAAAGGCGAGCCAGGUUUCACGGGCCGCCCUGGAGGACCAGGGGUGGCAGGAGCCCUGGGGCAGAAGGGUGACUUGGGGCUCCCUGGGCAGCCUGGCCUGAGAGGCCCUUCUGGAAUCCCAGGACUCCAGGGUCCGGCUGGCCCUAUUGGGCCGCAGGGUCUGCCAGGCCUGAAGGGUGAACCAGGCCUGCCGGGGGCCCCUGGAGAGGGGAAAGUGGGGGAACCUGGCAUGGCUGGGCCUACAGGGCCUCCUGGGGUCCCAGGUUCCCCAGGACUCACGGGCCCUCCUGGGCCUCCCGGACCUCCCGGGCCCCCUGGUGCCCCUGGGGCCUUCGAUGAGACUGGCAUCGCUGGCCUGCACCUGCCCAACGGCGGCGUGCAGGGAGCUGUGCUGGGCAAGGGGACCAAGCCCCGGUUUGGGCUGGGCGAGCUGUCGGCCCACGCCACGCCCGCCUUCACCGCUGUGCUCACCUCGCCCUUCCCCGCCUCAGGCAUGCCUGUGAAGUUUGACCGGACCCUCUACAAUGGCCACAGUGGCUACAACCCGGCCACCGGCAUCUUCACCUGCCCCGUGGGCGGGGUCUACUACUUUGCUUACCACGUGCACGUCAAGGGCACCAACGUGUGGGUGGCCCUGUACAAGAACAACGUGCCAGCCACCUACACCUAUGACGAGUACAAGAAGGGCUACCUGGACCAGGCGUCUGGGGGGGCCGUGCUCCAGCUGCGGCCCAACGACCAGGUCUGGGUGCAGAUGCCCUCGGACCAGGCCAAUGGCCUCUACUCCACCGAGUACAUCCACUCCUCCUUUUCAGGAUUCUUGCUGUGCCCCACAUAACCCAUGCUGCCCCGGCCUCCUCCUCUUUAGCGGUAGAGAGACCUUCUCACUUACAAAGAACCUCCAUUUAAAGAAAAAGCCAAAAGCCGAACAGAGG